AUGGCUGAUACACCAAACAUCGCAGUCCUUGGGGCGGGUGUGGUUGGAAUGACUGUGGCUAAGUUGUUACAAGAUGAACUUCGGCAUUGUAAUAUAACUAUUAUUGCAGACUCUUUUAAAGAUGAUACGACUAGUGCUGUCGCUGCUGGUAUUUUUAGACCAGGGACUAGUUUUAUGGGUCCCACAGAUAAAGCCACCAAAAAAUGGAUCAAUAACUCUUGGUAUUAUUGGCAAGAAAUUCUGAAGUCCUCAGAAGCACCCCAAGCGGGUCUUAUGGCGUUCUCUAGUUACAUAUUUUCUAAAACUCAUUAUAACGUAACUAGAAAUCAUCUGAUUGAAGAUUUGGUGCCCAUUUAUAGAGCUGUAGAUAAGAAUGAACUUGCACUUUGCGGUGAUGGAUGGAAAUACGGGUCGUAUUUUUCAACAGUUAAAAUCGGAUGUGAAAGAUAUUUACCGUGGAUGGAACGAAAAUUUAUCGAAAAAGGUGGAAAAAUUGUUGUCGGCAAAAUUGAAAGCUUCGCAUCGCUACCUGAGAAAUACGAUUUAGUUUUUAACUGUACAGGUAUUGGCGCAAAAUUUUUGUGUAAUGAUCACAGCUUAGUUCCGAUGCGCGGACAGGUUAUUAAAGUUAGGGCACCUUGGUUAAAAACUGCUUUUUAUGGUGAUUAUGACACAUAUAUUAUUCCCGGGUUUGAUGGCAUCGCAACAUUGGGCGGUGUAAGACAGUACGACAGCUACAACUUGAACGUGUGUAAAUAUGAUGCCGCCGCCAUAAUGGAGCGAUGUUGCGAUAUGUUGCCAGCGCUGAAAAAAGCGGAAAUUGUUGCACAUAAAGUUGGGCUGCGGCCUCACAGAGUUCCCGUACGCGUCGAACCUGAGCUCAUCAAUGGCGUGAAGGUAGUCCACUGCUAUGGGCACGGAGGAUACGGUGUGAUGUGUUCUCCCGGUACAGCUAUGGAUGCCAUUAGUAUGGGGUUGGAUUUGUUAAAGGGUAACGCUAAAAAUAAAUUAUAA